AAAAAAACACACACACAGCUUCCAGCAACAGAUAGCGCUGACAAGUGAUCAGGAGAACAGCAGCGCAGGGUUAACUGCUGAAACACAGGGAGGACUUUAUCUGGACUGUCAAAGGUAGCUGAGCAUAAUGUCUGGCAGAGUGAUUGAUCUGGAGGAGACGGCGACGCAUACAGGUCCAAAGGGGGUCAUUAAUGACUGGAGGAGGUUUAAGUUGGAAAGUAUGGACCGGGAAAAUUUGCAUCCUGCAAAAAAGGAACUUCUGAGGCAAAUGUCGUCCCCUAAUAAAUCAAAAGAUGACUCCAGAGCUAACCUAAACCGCAAGAUGAGUGUCCAAGAGUAUGAACUGCUUAAAGAGGAGGAUGAAGGAUGUCUGAAGAAAUACAGGAGACGAUGCAUGGAAGAGAUGCACAGCAAGCUCAGCUUUGGGCCCAGGUUUGAAGGUGUGCAUGACCUGGACAGUGGCGAGGCCUUCCUCGAAGUCAUCGAGAAGGAGCAUCACAGCACAGUGGUGGUCGUUCACAUUUACAAGAUUGGGGUGAAAGGAUGCGAGCAGCUCAAUAGCUGCCUGGACUGCUUGGCCACAGAGUAUCCCACUGUCAAGUUCUGCAGGAUUGAUGCCGUCUCAUCCGGUGCUGCCGAACGUUUUUCUGAUGAGUAUUUACCUACGCUGCUGGUGUACAAGGCCGGGGAGCUCAUAGGAAACUUCCUGUCCUGCACACAGCAUAUGAACGAGGAGUUCUUUGCUACCGAUGUUGAAGCUUUCCUCAACAGUUACGGUCUGCUCCCAGAAAAAGAGCUGCCUGGGGUGGAGGAUGAAGAAGAAAAUGAUGUAGAAUAAAAAAGAAGGAGGAAAUCAUCUACAACAAGAGGUUCGGAAACUAAAUAAAUCGGUAUAUAAAUGAAAUAUCCAAUUUUAAUUUUUGACUCCGACAAAGAGAAGAUACAAAUAUUUUCCUCUAUAACACUAGUGUUGGAUUAUUUCUUGAAUAUAUAUUUUAUGCAUAUGUACAGGUUUUGAAAAACGUUUGAUACUUGGACAAAGGAGUUGCUAAAUAAUGAUCAGAAAACGCUGCAUUCCUCAUUAUCAGCUUAAAAAAAGCCGAAACAGGAUAACUGUAAAGAUAAACACAUUAGUGGGUUUUUUUUUUUUUUGCUGUUUGCUUUUCAUUUUAAGGAGAUAUUUAAUGCUGUCGAUUCAUUCUCAGUAUUUUUUUUUAGAUUUGAAAGUAUGGAUGUAUACUCUGGAAAUGUUCACCCAUGAGCUAUUCCUCUUGUAAUGUGACAUAUUACACACUUGUCCUGUAUAGUAUUUGGUUUGUAUGUUUUUUUCUGAUAAAUAAAUUAAUGGGAAUAAAAACCUUGAAGCCCUUGAA